AUGGAGCCUCGCGCCCGCGCCGCCAAAAAUGUUGGCAAGAUGAACUUCAGCCACAACGAGCUGGCUCAACUACUAUACGCCCACGGCGACGUAAGGAAUCCGCUCCCCGAAACGAUUCGCGUGCUCGACGAGAUCGUAACCGAGUUCAUCCAAGGCAUGGCCUUCGAGGCGACGCGCGCAGCCAACUACGCGGGAAGGCAGAAGGUCAAAUACGAGGACUUUGAAUUCGCGUUCCGCAAGAACGACGCCUUUCUCGGAAAGGUCCAGGAGGUCUUCGAGAAGAAGGGCGAGAUCGAGUCGGCCAAGAAGAUUUUCACAAAGGACGACGAGGCGGUGCUCAUGAAGGACGCCGCGGACCAGGAGCACGGCAAGAAGGAUAAGGCUGCCAACGGUACGGGCGAGGCUUCGAGUGCAGCGGACGCGGCGGUGAAGCAAGAGGAGGAGCUGGGCGAGGCCGACGACGACGCUGAUGCCGAAAGUGAGGUCGCGGGACGACCGUCGAAAAGGGUCAGAUUGGACGGGGACGGGAAGUGA